AUGCACCGCAGGCAAUUUGUAUUGUAUCAUGGUUCGAAAUCAUCAGAAAAAGAGGUUGAUGUGGGUGUUCCCCAAGGUUGUGUACUAGGGCCACUCUUGUUUAUAUUAUACUUUAAUGAUUUAUAUAAUUAUGUAAAUUUAUUUCAUAUAGAAUAUGCUGAUGAUUUAACCAUGAUUGCAUCAAAUAAAAAUGCCGAAAAAAUGAUAGAAGACUUAAAUAAUAAUCUAAAUUCAGUCGCCAAAUAUUGUAAAUCAUUUAACUUAGCAAUGAAUCAAACAAAAACUGUAACAAUGGAAUUUCAUCCAUACAGCGCACAUUACACAAAGAGUAAAUUAAUAAAACUAAAUUGCAAAUCAGUUGAGCAGGUCGCCAGUUUUAAAUUACUCGCUUUAAAGCGCCAUGGAGGAUUGCGUUCAACAACUGUUGCAGAAGGGUACAUUUUCAACAAUAAAAUUAAGACAGCUAGUAAAAUCUUCAAUAACGUUAAAAAUUGUGAUGUGCAAGAGAAUACUGAGAAUAUUGAUAUUAAAGUUGUUGGAAGUUCAAAUUAUGAUGUAAAUGAAAUUGAAACCAGCAAUUAUUAUGUAAAUGAAACUGAAACCAAAGUUAACACUUCCCUAAGUGCCAACUUAUAUGAAGCCCUAAGGGGCAGGAUUGCUCAGCGCAGAACUUAUUGCUCAGAAGACGAUGACGAGGAUGAAAUUACUAUUUCAGUCAUGCUACUGUUCCAGCCUCAAAUUAAAACUAAGAAAUCAUUGACAAAUAAGGCAAUGGACCCAAUAAAAAUGCACCCUCAAACCGAUUUGGUAACAUCAACUCUAAAAAAAGAAAUGUCGCUUUUUGAAAAUGGGGGAAGCAGGGUUGCAUGCCUCAAGCUGAAAUAUGAUUUCUUAAUGUCCCCACUAGUGUGGUUUCGAAAAGGGCCUCAUUCUUCCGCUAAAAGGAAAAUUAGGUAUGCUGAUGUGUACAGCGAUGAAGAUUCCGAAAAACAAGAUCAAGGUGAAGAACUUGAAAACGAUUCUCAGAUUCUGUCUGUACAGAAUGUGAAAGAAAAUGAUGUAAAAUUUCCUGGUAAAAAACAACUCAACAUUUUGUUGGAGUGGUCCAACCUUGUUAAAUUUUUCUGA